AUCCGCGCUGGGCGUUCAAAGCGGUGCGUUGGAACGCUGGCAUCUGCCGUUGUUGCGGCGGGACUGACCGAGGGCCGGCAGCAGGGAGGCAGCGAUGGAGCCGGCGGGGAGCGGCAGCUCCUCCUCCGUGGACUCUCAGGCCGCCUUCGUGCUGAGUAACCUGGCCGAGGUGGUGGAGCGCGUCCUCGCCUUCCUGCCCACCAAGUCGCUGCUGCGGGUGGCCGGUGUGUCCCGGUUAUGGAAGGAAUGUGUGCGUCGAACCCUGAGGACCCAGCAGAGCGUGGCCUGGAUCUCCACAAUGGAGCCUGGGCCCCCAGAGAUGCACUCGCUGGUCCAAGUGUUAGCCAAGGAACUUGAGAAGGUUCAUGCAUUACCACAGACUGUCCUGUACAUGGCUGAUGAGGAUACUUUUGUUGGAGAGGAGGAUGGCCAUGGACACAAGAAAGCACGAAAGAGAAAUCCCCAAGAAAUUGCACGUGCCAUUGAGAAGUUGUUUCCAAAACGCUGCCAUGUUCUUGGGGUUAUAACCCCAGGAGUCAUAGUAACUCCAAUGGGAUCAGGUAGCAAUCGACCUCAAGAAAUAGAAGAUGGAGAAGCUGGUUUUGCAAUAUUGUUCCCCAAAAUUGAUGGAGUAAAAAUUGAGACUUUUCAUUUUCUGAAGGAUCUGAGAAAAUGUAUCCAUGAAAGCAAACUAAUUGAAGCAGGCCUUAAGAACAAUCCUGAACUUCGGGUGGUCCUCAUAUUUGGCUACAAUUCUUGGAAGAUAGGAGCUGCUGGAUUUCUUCAAAAAGUGGUCAACAUUCUUAACGAAAAAAGUGUCAUGCUGGCAGGGGGCCAGGUGGACCGCCUGACCUCCCUGACGUCAGAGAGUAACCCCCCCACCAACGAGGCCUGCGGCGUGGUGGGCCUGUCCUUCAGCGGCCCGCAGAUCCAGAGCGCGUCUGUCCUGCUGAACCAGGACGUGAACGACGAGAAGACGGCCGAGGCCGCCAUGCAGCGCCUCAAGGCCGCCAACAUCCCCGAGUACAACACGUUUGGCUUCAUGUUCGCCUGCGUGGGCCGAGGCUUCCAGUACUACCGCACCCGCCGGAACGUGGAGGCCGACGCCUUCCGCAAGUUCUUCCCCAACGUGCCCUUGUUCGGCUUCUUUGGCAACGGAGAGAUUGGCUGUGAUCGAAUAGUCACCGGGAACUUCAUCCUGAGGGAGUGUAAUGAGGUAGAGGAUAUUUUGCUCCAUAGCUACACCACUGUCAUGAUUCUGAUCCACCUGGGCCCGACCAAGUGAAACACUCACGCUCCAGGGUACCCGCAGGCCCCCCUCCCCCCCAACCUGGGGCAUGUACAUAUUUCAGAUGGAAGUACCUUUAGAAGUAUCUGUUUUAUAACUUUGUUUAAUGCUCUCAAGAUAAUGUUGGAAUAGGUCUAACGAUGUCAAGUGUGUGUAAGAUAAUCCUGUGUGGGUCAGCUCCGGGAGGUGGAGGGCCAGUUUGUGGCCAGGGAGAGCUGGAUCAGAGUCUGAGCCCCCCUGCCCCUCCCCUUGUGUGCAGAACCUUUCUGAGCCUCCGCUUCCUCAUCUGAAUAAUGCAGAGAACACUUGCACUACCUAACUCACAGGGUUGUUGUGAGGCUAAAGUGGAAUGUGUGUAAAGCGCUUUGUAAAGCCCAAGUGCUACAGAGCUGUGUAAGUGAUUAUUGUCAGAUACAUGAUCAUCUUGGAGCCACAAUCAUGACGUUUUUUGUUUUCUUCAAAAACAUACAACAUUGGUCUGUUGUCUCCUUAAGGGAGACCUUUUCUCAACUGCACCUGUUUUUCAGACACUUUAAUAAAGUUAUUACAUUAUUUUUACUCAUUGCAUAAAAGUUAAAAUAAAAUAUUUUGUGGUGGUAGUUGGUGCUUUGAAAUUAUUCAGUCUGAAGAACAAGUUUGCAAGACUAAUCAGCAGUAUUACUUUAUACAUUUAAAGCUAUUCCUUUCCAUUUGUCAAUAAAGAAAACACAAGUAA